AAUUUUAUCAUCGAUUUCACCGGCUCAUCUUUUCGGUAGGUUCGAUUAAACCAAUGCUACUUUGAUUUUUAUCUACAGUUSAUGGAGAUUGCUUUGCUGUCGUUGCCCUUUGCGUUAUUGUAUCAUGCAACAAUCCAAAAAUGGGGAUUGCAGAAUUUURCUUCGCAACUUACGAAUCAUUAUUUUACCGCAAUAGAAUACAAGACUUAUGCCAAUACUCACUUUUUGGUUGCAAUAUAUCCAUCGCAUCAUUUGUAUUUUAACAAAUCGCAUCUAAUCAYACCGAAGUGUGUCUAAUAUAACAAUGGUAACUCAUCAAAUUAAUGGCAUCCGGUGCCACGAAUCAGCGAAGCCACCAACCGCUAGCGACGUCGACGGUGCCAGCAGUUCAACAACAAGAUCGUGUUCAAAGGCUUUGCCGCGGCAAAGAAACAAUUCCAUGACAUUAUCCUCAUGGGUUUUGGUCUACGAAUUGAACAAGGACGGAUGUUGUGCUCUUCUUCAAGGUGACUACGACGAGGCCAACCGGUUGUUUGAACUGGCCCUGCAAAAGCACAAGGACAUGAUGAUGAAAUGGUCGACGAAAACACAUGAAGAGGAACUUCCAUACGAUUCCAGCCAGAGCUUUCACUACAGCAACAGAUCUUGCAACGACAACUGCAUGGAUGAGGAAGAAGCCGAUCUUGGGUCUAACUUUGCCGACUGCACUAUUUCCUCCCCACAACAUGUGCAACUGAGAGCUCCAGAUCCGGUGCAGCCCCUUCCUGCUAUUUCCAUGAUGAGCUCCUGCCCUAUGGUGCGCACAUUUUCAUAUAGCGGGCAGAACAACAGCAAUUACGACGCGACRUACCACACGGUCUACGCCCUGCCCAUCCUAAUGAGCAAGUACGAAUGGCAAGCUGCCUCCAACACCGAUCGAUCCUUCGCCAUUAUUUUCAACACGGCUGUCUGCAACCACCUUUACGGAAUGCAACAGCGAAAGCAGCAGGAAACAGAACAAAAAGCAAAUGGCAACAACAGCCAUCACCCACRGCAUAUCUCUUGGACCCAGUCCUUUGGCAUCGCCAAGCUUUUGUACCGAUUGGCACUAGAAACAAAGGUCUCGAGCACGGCCUUUGUCGGCAUCGAGUGUUACCCGGCCAUCUUUAACAACAUAAGUCACUUGUGCAAGGCCCUAGAAGGGUAUCACUCAGAAGAGGCSCAUAGAUACGACGUGCUACUUCUGAAAUCAGUGUACUGGAUGAUGGAUCUACUGGGCAGCGACAAGGGCAUUCGAAACAGCAACGCUCGACGCGAGAGUAUUGAUAGCACCACACCAAGGACAACGAAUUCUUCUACUGCUACUCCUGGCAACAACGACAACCCCGCCUACGAAACAUUGAUCGACAACUUUUUGGGUGAUGUUCUUCGUGUGGUCGACGAUGACGAACCCAUGGAAGGAGAAGCGGAACAAAACAAACAACAGCAGCAAAYCAACGCAAUCGAAYCGCCGUUGUCGUACCACGCUAUCGUGAGGGACGCCAGGGACUACGAUGAAAUGAUGGACGCAUUCCUGGAAAACGUCUUCUACCUCGUUUCGUCACCAGUCUUUGUGGAACCUGCGGCGGCGGCAUAAGUCGCAGGCACGGCAUCGAAUUACUUAUCGCUUGUAWUGGUAUUUAUUUAUUUUGGUCCAAUUUCGCGKGCACGAWKCAAUCCCCGAYAAUUAAUUGAAAAUUGGAAC